CUCCCCCGCUGGAUGGUACGCUCCUCUCGGCUCCUCUGUUGCCUGGCUGCAGUGGAUGUUGCUAGAACCCACUCGGAGGGAGGAAGAGACGCAGGCAGCCUGCGGUGACCCGAGAGGCCGUCCCUGUCUCAGGGACCCUUUCCCGGACAGACGCCACCAUGACCCAGGGAAAGCUCUCUAUGGCUAAUAAGGCCCCUGGGACAGAGGGGCAGCAGGCGAACCCUGAGAAGAAGGAGGCCCCUGCAGUGCCCUCGGCCCCGCCCUCCUAUGAGGAGGCCACCUUUGGGGAGGGGUUGAAGGCAGGGGCUUUUCCCCCAGCCCCCUCGGCCGUGCCCCUCCACCCCAGCUGGGCCUAUGUGGACCCCAGCAACUCCAGCUAUGAGAGCGGCUUCCCCGGAGACCAUGAGCUGUUCACCACCUUCAGCUGGGAAGAUCAGAAGGUCCGCCGAGUCUUCAUCAGAAAGGUCUACACCAUCUUGCUGAUCCAGCUGCUGAUGACCUUCAGUGUCGUGGCGCUCUUCACCUUCUGUGACACUGUGAAGGACUACGUCCAGGCCAACCCCGGCUGGUACUGGGCGUCCUAUGCUGUGUUCUUUGCAACCUACCUGACCCUGGCCUGCUGUUCCGGACCCAGGAGGCAUUUCCCAUGGAACCUGAUUCUCCUGACCAUCUUUACCCUCUCCAUGGCCUACCUCACAGGCAUGCUGUCCAGUUACUACAACACCACCUCUGUGCUGCUGUGUCUGGGUAUCACAGCGCUCGUCUGCCUCUCUGUCACCCUCUUCAGCUUCCAGACCAAGUUUGACUUCACCUCCUGCCAGGGAGUGCUCUUUGUGCUUCUCAUGACGCUUUUCUUCAGUGGACUCAUCCUGGCUGUCCUCCUGCCCUUCCAAUACGUACCCUGGCUCCACGCAGUGUAUGCCGUGCUGGGAGCAGGCGUGUUUACACUGUUCCUGGCAUUCGACACUCAGCUGCUGAUGGGUAACCGCCGCCACUCGCUGAGCCCCGAGGAGUAUAUUUUCGGAGCCCUCAACAUCUAUCUGGACAUCAUCUAUAUCUUCACCUUCUUCCUGCAGCUUUUUGGCACCAACCGUGACUGAGGAGUGCCCCCUAUGGACCUCCCCCCUUCUGAGAAUGCGCCCCCACUGGCCCCCACGUCCCUGCACUCCUGCAAGCCCAGCUAUAAACCGAGCUGCCAGCCCAGCCUGUGCCCCCACUCCCUGAGCCCGGCCCUCAUCCCCUGCAGCUUAUGCCCACACCCAGGAACCACCCCAUGAACGAAGGCCAUCUGCACAUGUCCCCAGUGUCCCCAGUUAUGGCUGCCACACAGGGACAGUCAAGCUGAGACUACUCUGUGUAUGAGGACUCUAAGGACCGGGGAGUGGGGGGCUGUCCACAGGAUUUCAGAAGUGAGAGAGAUGCCCCAGGAAGCCAGGUUGAGGCCUGAACCCCUGCUGUGAUUCUUCUGGAGUUGUUACAGCUAUGUGACCUUGGUGUGUGCUUCCCAUGUCCAGCUUGCUCUCUCUCUCUCUCUCUCUCUCUCUCCCUCCCUCCCUUUCUCCCUCUCUCUCCCCAGGUCAGGCAAUGACACUCUGUUUUGUAAAAAGUUUAUUUAUUGAGGGACAAAGAGAGAGAACCAGAGCAUCACUCAAGCAUAAAGCAUUGCUACCCUAUAAGCAAAGAAGGGGUGAGGACACCAAGUGAGGGUGCCAUGCCCAGCCUUCAUGGCAGGCCUGCUGUCCUCUCCCAGCUCUGGGGCCAGCAGUUUAUUGGAGGUGCAUGAGUCCUGGGAUCAAGGGCAGGGGCGGGGGACGGCAAGACAGUCAGUGGAUCCUCCUGGCACGUGGGGGCAGGAACCGAGGCAGGAAGAGGGUGUCUCUUCCACAGCUCCAAGGUUGGGGGGAUGGGGUAAACCGUCUGUGAGUGCCACCUACUUUCCCCUGCAUCCACCUGCAGGGCAUCUAGGGUGUCCUCUCCCACCAUGGGCUUGAGGCUGAGGCCAGGGGCUGGAUGUGCCAGGAUGGAGCAGAGCUUUAGUCACCCUGAGUGGCCCACUGGAGGGACUCCAACCUCCCCCACCCCCAGCCCUCUCCCAAAGCUGUGUUUCCCAGACCCUCUCCCGGCCACUGCCAGUUGCUGGCUUCUCCCUGGCCGGGCCCCUGGAGGCUCAUGAAGUGCCCAUGGCCAUUCUCCCAGCCUUGAGCCCUGAGCCCCCUCUGCUUUUUCUCCCCUUUUCGCCUCAUUGAGUCCAUUUGGAAGCUGCCCAGCUGAUGCUAACAGCUGGGCCCAGCCUUCCAGCUGACCCCAUGUGAUAAGGUCGGCCUCCUUAUCAUCCUCCAGGCAGCUGAGAUCUCAGGCAGGGUGUGUGUUUGCGUCAGCUCAGCCUCCUCCCCCCACACUAAGGCCUGCUGGGUAGGGGGUUCGGGGCCACACCUGGGGGAAGCACGCAGCCAGCACCUGCUAGCAGCCGAGUCAGGCUGAGUGGAAAGUUACCGGGUGGAGUCCAGGAGGCUAGGAGUGGACACCCGGCCCUCCCUUGGCCUCUCCCUCCCGGCAGUUUCCCUCAACUUGUGCUGGGGGUGGAGGGGUGUUUGCCACAGGGGAGGGUGACUCCAGUCUGUUAUCUGUCUUCCCCCCUCCUUCCUAUUCCUAGCUUUCACAAAAUCUUAGAUAAAGCAUUUGGAAUCUCA